CAUCAGCACCCCAGUCUGAUGAAGGCUCUGACAUCGAUUCUGAACCAGAUUUACCUUUAAAAAGAAAGCAGCGUCGUAGCAGGACAACCUUCACGGCAGAGCAACUGGAAGAGCUGGAAAGAGCUUUUGAGAGGACACACUACCCUGAUAUUUAUACCCGGGAAGAACUUGCGCAAAGAGCCAAACUCACGGAGGCUCGUGUCCAGGUCUGGUUUAGUAACCGUCGCGCUAGAUGGAGGAAACAGGCAGGAGCCAAUCAACUGAUGGCUUUCAACCAUCUGAUCCCAGGAGGAUUUCCACCCAGUGCCAUGCCGACUUUGCCGACGUACCAGCUCUCUGAGCCCUCCUAUCAACCCACCUCCAUACCGCAAG